UUGAUAAGCUUGAUCUUCCAAUCAGCGGCGGCGAAAACCUCUCAAAAUGUCACAUGACUACUGUCAGCUUACCACGUGUAGCAGGAAGGAGUAGUUGUAAACAUUCCUCUGUACAAAGCUACAAAGGUAAAAGUUGUAGAGUAAGGUGACAUUUCCUUUUAUUGAAACAUAUCACCUAUUUAGGCACAUCUACUGCAUAAGUAUUCAGCUGAAAGGGCCCAAAAGUGUUGAGUAGACCAACAAGUCCAAACGGGGUACAAAAAAAGAAGUGCCUCUCAGAUCAGAUGUCUUCCUCCUCCUCCACUACCUCUGGUGUCCUCCUAAAUACGGGGGUUCAGAUGCCCCUCCUGGGUUUGGGGACCUACAAGUUGGUGGCUUCUGAAGAUGUCUACCGGGCUGUGGACGCAGCGCUGGUUGCUGGUUAUCGGGCCUUUGACAGUGCAGCCGUCUACCGGAAUGAAGCUGACCUGGGCCGAGCCCUGAAGCAGCUCCUGCCGAAACAUGGCUUAACCAGAGAGGAUGUAUUCAUAACCAGUAAGCUGGGCCCCGAGGAUCAGGGGGAGAGAGCCAUGGAAGGAGCCCUCCGCAGCCUGUCUCAGCUGGACUUGGGUUACAUUGACCUGUACCUGAUCCACUGGCCUGGCACACAGGGUCUGGUAGUGGCUGACCAACGCAACCCAGGCAACCGAGCUCAGAGUUGGGUCACACUGGAGGAGCUGCAUGUCCAGGGGAAGCUGAAGGCCAUAGGAGUGUCCAACUACACACCAGCACACAUGAGAGAACUGAUACAAAGCUGCAAAGUCCCUCCUGCGGUGCUACAGGUAGAGUUUCACCCAAGGCUGUGCCAGACGGAGCUGAGGAGUGUGUGUGAGGAGUAUGGAGUGUGUUUCCAAGCGUACUCCUCCUUAGGGAAAGGAGAGCUGGUCACUGAUCCUGUGGUGAUGGAGGUGGCAAAGAACUGUGAACGCACACCUGCACAGGUCCUGUUGCGCUGGGCUGUGCAGCAGGGCGUCCCAGUGCUCCCCAAAUCUUCAAAUCCAGACAGAAUAAAGGACAAUUCCAGACUUUUUGACUUCACACUGAGUGACACAGACAUGGACAGACUGUCAGCUUUGGACUGUGGGCACAAGUAUUGCCGGGAUCCAUCAGAAGUGGCUUAAUAGACCACUAGUGGAACACACAUUGUCUUCCAUGAUGCCUCUUUAAUGCUGCUGUUAUUUUGCUCUGACUGGCAGUGAUGCAGUGGUGGGAAACCACCACUAGAAAGUUACCUUACAAAUUCACCGGGCGAAUGUAUUGAUUUAGGUAAAUGUAUGUACUGAGGUAUCUGAGAGUUCAAGUAAUAUUUGCCCAUAAGUUUUCUUGUUUAUUGUGACAGAUAUGCCAUGAAACACAGCCUUUUCAUGCUGUACCUAUAGGUAAAUGUUGUGCUGUUCUAUAUAC